AUGUCAACGUUCAACAUUGCUAUUAAGCUCUCCAAUAAGACAGCAAUUAUUGUUCCUGAGACGAAUGAAAAGAUCUCCUACAAUGAUCUCUCCAACAUAGUUGGCCAUUUACAAACAAUGUUUCUAGACGUACAGUGCCCAUUAUCAUCUCAGCCAAGGAAUGGGGCAGUAGCAUUUUGUCUCCCAAAUGGUUUAGAAAUGGUUAGCGUUUUUCUUUCUGUUGCAAUGGAUGGUAUGGUCUCUGCUCCCUUAAAUCCCAGCUAUAAGUGUGACGAGUUUCACAUGUAUCUAGAUGAUCUAAAGACUAAUGUAAUAUUUGUUUCAAAGGGUAUGGCCUCUAAUUCAUCGUCUGAGAUCAUUAAAUGUGCUUCUUCAAGGUCAGCAUUUGUCGUUGAAGUAUUCUAUGAACCCAGACGUGGCCGUGUUGAGUACGAGGUUUUCUCUCCAAUGAACAAAUAUACAUCUUCAGUAUUCAGUUCUUUAAAAAGUCGGGGCUUGUUUGUUAAUAACGAGGACAAGUUCCCGGGAAGAGCCACUGAAUACGACACUGCUCUCAUUUUGCACAGUAGCGGAACUACUGCCAAGCCAAAGGUGAUUCCACUAUCGCAUCGCAAUAUCACGACAAACAUGAGGAACAUUUCCAAAACCUACAAAUUAUCUCCCAAAGAUACUACUUAUAUUGUAAUGCCUUUAUUCCAUGUUCACGGAUUAAUUGGUGCUUUACUGUCCACUCUGUACUCUCAGGGCACAGCGGUUGUUCCUCCGAAGUUCAGCGCUUCCAAGUUCUGGACUGAAUAUAUUGCCAGCGGUUCUACUUGGUUCAGUUGUGUGCCCACUAUAUUGCAGACUAUGCUAAGAGUUCCAUUCCCAGAACCGUUGCCCAAAAUUCGGUUUAUCCGUUCCUGCUCCAGUGCUCUAGCUCCUGCGACGUUUGAACAGCUAGAAGCAAAGUUCAAGACACCGGUUGUUGAAGCUUAUGCCAUGACUGAGGCAUCUCAUCAGAUGUGCAGCAACGAAUUGCCUCCCGGCAAGCGUAAAGCAGGUACGGUAGGAAAGCCACAAGGUGUCGACGUCGCUAUUUUCGGCCUUGACAGCAACCGCCUAAGCCCUGGCCAGAUCGGCGAGGUCUGUAUCCGCGGUGCCAAUGUCACUUCUGGCUACCUCAAUAACCCAAAAGCUAACGCUGAAUCCAUCAUCCCGGGCUCCGAUUACUUCAGAACUGGAGACCAGGGCUAUUUUGACGAAGACGGCCAUCUCGUACUCACAGGAAGGAUUAAAGAGCUUAUAAACCGCGGCGGCGAGAAAAUCUCCCCACUAGAGCUUGAUGCCAUAAUGCUCUCCCAUCCAGCUGUGCAGGAAGCGGUCGCAUUUGGUAUUCCUGACGAGAAGUACGGACAAGUCGUCAACGCCGCUGUAAUCGUUAAAAAAGGUGCAACUUUAACAUAUCAAGACUUAAAAGACUAUAUGGCACAAAAAGUUGCCCAGUUUAAGAUUCCAGACCGUGUGUUCUUUGUUGAAGAACUACCUAAGUCCUCAACUGGUAAAAUCCAACGGAGGAUCAUUGCCCAAGUCUUCGCAUCUAACAGCAGGCUGUAG